AUGAGUUCCUUACGCCCGAAAUGCACGAUGUCAAUCUCCUUGGUGCCGAUGGGUGAGCAGCUGACGCAAAAACUCUUCGUGAACCUGAAGUGGCUGCUGCUGGCCAUGGACUGGCCAUUGUCAUGGCUGAAAUUCGAUCUGCCACUGUUGGAUCAGUUGAAUGCGAGCAUCGUCACGGUCAAGCGAAAAGAAGAAAACGGAGGCGACCUUGCGUACGCUGAGAUCGCCACGCUCACGGAGGACUUCGCCAGUGAGGCCCUCCAUCCCGGAGACCUGAAACCGUCUUUGGGAAAGGCGCUGAACAGCGCCAUGGUCGACAUCAGGGCCGGCAUCAAAGCAUCGGGCGAGCUCAAGAAGGCGGAGAAGAAGCUCGCCGCCUACAUCAAGUCCUUGCAGAAGAAGAAGAAAUGA